AAGAAAGCGACAACAACACGAUGGCGGCGGCAACCUACGUGUCCCACGAGAUUCGAGACAACUUCUUCCAUGCGCAACGCAGCAUUGCUGCGAACAAGAUGUGCUUUGACUGCGAGCGACGAAGCCCAAUGUGGGCGACUGUCUCGUUUGGAACGUUCAUGUGCUUGGAUUGCUCUGGGUAUCAUCGUCGCAUGGGGGUACACGUGUCGUUCGUCCGGUCCACGGAUAUGGACGAGUGGACGGAAGAGCAAUUAUUGCUCAUGCAGCUGGGGGGCAACAGCGAAGCUCGCAAGUUCUUCAAGCAGCACGGCGUGUCUGACAUGAUGAACAUCGACGAGAAGUACAAGUCGAAAGCCGCCACGUUGUACAAAGCCCAAUUGACGAGGAAGGUGCAAGCUGCCAAAUUCGACUCGUCUCCGUUCACCGCUACCACUUCGACCAAGGCAAAACCUACGGACGAAUUUGGCUUGGACGACUUGGCCAAGCUCGUAGGAACGGCGGAAGUGCCACCGAUCGCUAAUGCGUACACAGCGCGCACAGUCGCGGCUCCUUCUCCUGUUCCCGACGUGUCUGCAACUGCUGCGACGAUGCCACCUCCUGCCCCCACUACUGGAUUGCUGCAAACACGCCCAACCGUCACGCUUGGCAGUGACUCAUCAGGUCCCUCCGGCGCAGGAGGCUCCACGAUCACGUCCAAGCUGUCCAGCCGCAAAGCAGGGGCGACCGGCGGCGCCAAGAAAGCCACGCGACUAGGGGCAACCAAAGUCAAGUCGAACUUUGACGAUUUCGACAAUAUUCCGUUUGAAAACGCCAAGCCGACACCAGGCGCCGCCACGGAUACGUCGCAUUCCAAGCAAAUCGACGACGACGAAGCGCUCGCGCGUGCCAUGCAGCAAGCUGAGGAAGAGGCGCUUGGUCGGUCGUUCAGCCAGCACGCUACUAUCAAGGCGGCACCGUUCCAAACUCCCUCGGCGCCCGCUGCGGACUCGCUGAACAAGUACAAAAAUUCCAAGAGCAUUUCAUCGGACAACUUUUUUGCGGCCGAGCAAUCGUCGGUCGACCCCGACAAGAUCCGCCAGUUUUCCGGGUCACAGUCCAUCUCGAGCGACAUGUACUACGGCGAUGGCCGCGCGCGUUCGGCAUCCACGGAAGCGAGCGAACAAGCGGCGUAUCAACUCGAGUUGCUCAAGGCCCAAGUGACUGACAAGGCGCAACAGUUGAAGAGCAUGACGUCGUCGUUCUUUACGGACCUGCAGAACCGGUAUUCGUAGAUGCUGUCCAACUUGACCUCAAAAGUGGGGCAUAACUCGUCGAGGCAAACGCGAGCGUGUAGCUCGAGACCGAUCGAUCAAACUGCGUCAUGCAUUUAGAUAUAUAAAUCUCCACGAACGUCCCGACCACGGCGUGGUUAGCAAAUGCCUUCGGCCAGACUCUCCUCCGACAACAAUCGACUUCGCUGCGACCCGCCUUUCUCCAUCGGCGACGACGUCAAGAUAAGGCGUUUCGAC